AUGGCGCAGGGCGACUCGGAGAGAGUGCGCGAGGCUCAGAAGCUAGCCAAGUCGAAUCCAAAAAAGGCGGCGGAAAUUUACAAGGACAUCAUUUCGAAGCCGCCAUCCGUCAACUCCGAUGCUGCGGUCAAGGAAUAUGAGACAGCCUUGAUUAGUUUGGGGGAGCUUUACCGCGACCAGAAAAACACAGAUGAGCUCGCUGAGCUAGUAACCAAGAGCAGGACAGUGCUGUCGUCCUUUGCGAAGGCAAAAACAGCCAAGCUGAUCCGCCAACUCCUCGACCUCUUCGAAGCCAUUCCCAACUCUCUCGACAUCCAGAUUGCCGUUACGAAGUCCUCGAUAGAAUGGGCCACGUCGGAACGCCGAAGCUUCCUCCGACAAAACCUGGAGACACGCCUCGUGACGCUGUACAUGGCGAAGCAAUCAUACUACGACGCCCUGACCUUGAUCAACGGCCUGCUCCGCGAAUUGAAGCGCAUGGAUGACAAGUUAGUAUUGGUGGAAGUACAGCUACUCGAGUCACGAGUCUACCACGCACUCGGCAACAUCCCCAAGGGUCGGGCGGCGCUCACCAGCGCCCGCACGUCGGCCGCGUCGGUGUAUACGCCGCCACUGCUGCAAGCCAACCUCGAUAUGCAGUCAGGGAUGCUUCACGCAGAAGACAAGGACUUCCAGACGGCGUUCAGCUACUUCAUCGAGGCGCUAGAUGGGUACCACUCACAGGACGAACCGGCCCGGGCGCAGGCGGCAUUGCAGUACAUGCUCUUGUGCAAGAUCAUGCUGAACCUGGCGGACGAUGUCAACCAGCUGAUGACGUCGAAGCAGGCGCUCAAGUACGCGGGCAAGUCGCUCGAGGCUAUGAAGGCGAUUGCGCGGGCGCACUCGAACCGGUCGCUGGAGGAAUACGAGCGGGCACUGGCAGCGUACAAGUACGAGCUGGGCAGUGACGCGUUUGUGCGCAACCACCUGCGGCGGUUGUACGACGCCAUGCUGGAACAGAACUUGAUCAAGGUCAUCGAGCCCUUUAGCCGCGUCGAGAUCAACCAUAUCGCUAAGAUGGUGGGGCUCGACACCCAGCAGGUCGAGCGCAAGCUAUCGCAGAUGAUCCUUGACAAGGUCAUUAUCGGCGUGCUUGACCAGGGCGCCGGCUGCCUGAUUAUCUUUGACGAGACCCAGCGGGAUGAUUCGUAUGACGCCGCGCUAGCCACCAUUGAGAAGCUGAGCAACGUGGUCGACGUGCUUUACACGAACCAGGCGUCGAUGCUAGAGUGA